CGUCGCCUGGCUCUUCGCGGCUCCGCCAGAGGGGCAGGUGCGGAGGAGCUCCCGGUCCGGCCGCCGCCGCCGCCCGCUCCGGGCCCGGGGCUCCCCCUAGCGCCGUGAGGAGCCGCCGGCGGCUGAGAGAAGCGCGGCCGAGUGCCCGAGCUCGCGGCGGAUAGAAGGACAAGGACGAAAUCACCAGCACUGGCUGAAGGUUUGCUGGCAUGGGUAAUCUCAUUAAGGUGCUAACCAGGGACAUAGACCACAAUGCAGCACAUUUUUUCUUGGACUUUGAAAGUACCUUAACAUGGGGAAUCUUCUUAAAGUUUUGACAUGCACAGACCUUGAGCAGGGGCCAAAUUUUUUCCUUGAUUUUGAAAAUGCCCAGCCUACAGAGUCUGAGAAGGAAAUAUAUAAUCAGGUGAAUGUAGUGUUAAAAGAUGCAGAAGGCAUCUUGGAGGACUUGCAGUCGUACAGAGGAGCUGGCCAUGAAAUACGAGAGGCAAUCCAGCAUCCAGCGGAUGACAAGUUGCAAGAGAAGGCUUGGGGUGCAGUUGUGCCACUCGUAGGCAAAUUAAAGAAAUUUUACGAAUUUUCUCAGAGGCUAGAAGCAGCAUUAAGAGGCCUUCUGGGAGCCUUGACUAGUACGCCGUACUCCCCCACCCAGCAUCUAGAGCGAGAGCAGGCUCUUGCUAAGCAGUUUGCAGAGAUUCUUCACUUCACACUCCGGUUUGAUGAACUCAAGAUGACAAAUCCUGCCAUACAAAAUGACUUCAGCUAUUAUAGAAGAACGUUGAGUCGUAUGAGAAUUAAUAAUGUCCCGGCAGAAGGAGAAAAUGAAGUAAAUAAUGAAUUGGCAAAUCGAAUGUCUUUGUUUUACGCUGAGGCCACCCCAAUGCUAAAAACCUUAAGUGAUGCAACAACAAAAUUUGUAUCGGAGAAUAAAAAUUUACCAAUAGAAAAUACCACAGAUUGUUUAAGCACCAUGGCAAGUGUAUGCAGAGUCAUGUUGGAGACACCGGAAUACAGAAGCAGAUUUACGAACGAAGAGACAGUAUCGUUCUGCUUGAGGGUAAUGGUGGGUGUCAUAAUACUUUAUGACCAUGUCCAUCCAGUGGGAGCAUUUGCCAAAACUUCUAAAAUUGAUAUGAAAGGUUGUAUCAAAGUUCUUAAGGACCAACCUCCUAAUAGUGUAGAAGGUCUUCUCAAUGCUCUCAGGUACACAACAAAGCAUUUGAAUGAUGAGACUACCUCCAAGCAAAUUAGGUCCAUGCUGCAGUGAGAGCUGUGGAGCAAGCCCCUGUUGCAGAUGGAGCACACAGUGUUCUUCAGUGACUGAGAAUGCACAGUCUUUAGUGAUUGCCAUUAAAUCUCCCUAUUCUUGCUUUGGUUUCUUUCCUCUGGUUCCUCUUCCCACUUUUUUAAUCAUGUUCUUGUUCUUAAGACUUCUUUUCUGUGCCAAAAUCAGUAAAGUUAUACUUUGAAAGGGAUUUUUGUCCUUUCAAAACAGGCCAUCUAAGGCAGCUAAUUAUGCAUUGCAUUGAGGUCUCUACUGAGAAAAGUUCUGUGACUUGAACUAAAUAUUUUUAAAUGUGGAUUUUUUUUGAAAACUAAUAUUUAAUAUUGCUUCUCCUGCAUGGCAAAACUGCCUAUUCUGCUAUUUAAAACCCUCACGAAUUUAUUUUCUACUGCCGCUUUUUCAUGUGCAGCCAAAAUGAAAAUGUUUAAAUUAACUGUGUUGUACAAAUGGUACCCAACACAAACUUUUUUUAAAUUAGUAAGACUUUGUUUAAAGUUUUAAGUUUGCAUUUUGACUUUUUUUUAAAAUAAGGUUGUAUGUUGUGUGUUUAACCUUUAUUAACUAACGUUAAAAACUGUGAUGUGUGCGUAGAAUAUUACGUAUGCAUGUUCAUGUUUAAGAAUGGCUGUUGAUAAAAUAAAAAUCAGCUUUCCUUUUUCUAAGCGUGGCUUGGUUUACUGAGGUUUCUGGAAGGUUUCCCUGUAUAUAUUUUUGUGGAAUGCAUAUACACAUUUACAUAAUUUUUUCUGUUUUUUAGGCAAUAGCUGUGUCUUUUUCAGUUGUAUUUUUCUUAACCUUUGUCUAUGUACAUAAGUUUAACUGCUUUUAAAACUGUUGUGUAUAAGAUGACCAGUGAUUGUGUCAUUAACUUGACUUCUGUUCUAAUUUCAUCUUUGUGAGCGUAGUCGUAGAAAGAAAACCAUACUUUCCCAGUUCUCAGUUUCAGGAGUAAAAGGGCGGCAACAGGAAGCACAGGGUGUUUCCGAAGCAAGAG